ACAAUGAGGAAGACUACUGUUUGGUUGUUGUCCAUUUUUUGUACCCUGUUGCCGAUUAGUUUUGGCACAUACGUACCAACAUCGCAAACAAAAGUAAACGGAGUUCCCGUCCAAUAUGCUGAUCAGGAAUUUCUUGCAAAGCAAAAGUUUUUCUUCGAAAUCCUGCGUCAUCUUCACCAGCCGGUUGCUGCGGACGAGUACUUGCCCCACGCAAAACAAUGGAUCGUGGACCAGAGCAAAUAUUUGAACUUCACGGAAGCGAACGAAUUUAUGCAAUCAUUUAAGCAAGGAUUUUUGCAAAAAGGAGCCAUCUUCACCAUCUACAACUAUUGGUACGCCAAGCAGACUCUGCAGCUCUAUCGCUUCUUGCAAAAUGCUAUCGACUGGGAUACGUACUACAAGAAUGUCAUUUGGGCCCGGCAGAACACGAACGAAGGAAUGUUCCUGUUCGCUCUGACGCUCUCCGUGAUGCAUCGAUCGGAUCUACAGGGCAUCGUGCUACCGGCGAUCUACGAGCUCUAUCCGCACUACUUCUUCAAUGCCGAUGUUUUCCACGACGCAGCGAACCGGCGCGAACAGGAUACGGAGUAUGGUUUCGAUUCGAAGAAAAGCUACAACGUGGCUCGCUCGAAUUACACGGCCACGUUCGCCACGCAGUUCUACGGCGAAGGGACAUUGUCGUACUUUACCGAGGAUGUUGGUUUGAACGCGUACUACUACUAUUUUAUGAUGGACUACGCCCCGUUUCUGGGCGGUGAUGCGCUCGGCCUUAACAAGGAUCGCCGGGGAGAGCUGUACUUGUUCAUGUAUCAGCAGUUACUGGCACGCUACUACCUUGAACGACACUCGAACGGACUUGGCCCGAUACAGGAGCUAACGUGGGAAUCACCCGUAGCGACCGGGUACUACCCGAUGCUGCGAUACUGGAACGGGGUACCGUUCCGAGCGCGCGAGAAUAACUUCCUGUGGCGUCCCUACGAUCCCGUGAAGUUGAACGGUUUGAAGGCCUACGAAGAGCGGAUUCGGCAGGCGAUAGAUCUGGGUUACGUCAUGACACGUGACGGACAGCGGAUCGAUUUGCGGCAACCGGAAGCCAUCGAUAUCGUGGGUAACCUCGUCAGCGGCAGUGUCGAUAGUGUGAACGUAGAAUACUACAAGAUGAUCGAAACUACGGCGCGCAUGGUGUUGGCGCAGGGUGACUAUUACGGCUCCAGUAGCGAAGUGUGGCCAGGACCACUGAUGCACUACGAAACAUCGAUGCGUGACCCAGCGUUCUACCAGUUUUAUAACCGGCUGCUGAGCUUCUACUGGGACUUUAAGAGCUUCCUGCCACCGUAUACGGCCGACCAGUUGAAGUUCGAUGGGGUAGAGCUGCAGAGUGUUGUAGUCGACAAAUUGGUCACCUUCUUCGAGCCCUUCGACGUGGACAUUAGCAAUGGGCUUGGGUUUAACUAUGGUGACGAUCGGUCUACCUGGAACUUUACCGUGCUGGCGAGGCGCGAUCGACUUAAUCACAAACCGUUCAGCUACGUUAUGAAUGUCAGCUCGCAAUCAGCCGGAAAAGGUGUGGUCCGGAUGUACAUGGGGCCACGGAUGUUUAACAUCAAUCAGCUGCAGUACAUGAAGAAAUUUUUCGUAGAAAUGGACCAGUACGUGGUGGAACUAGUUGCAGGGGGCAACCAGAUAAAGCGAAACACUCGCGACUUCUUCUACGACAUCCGCGACCGGACGACGUACUCCGAGCUGUACAAGCGGACCAUGCGGGCGUUCCGCGGAGAGGACCAGUUCGUGCUCGAUAUGUCGGAAGUGCACUGCGGGUGGCCAGAUCGGUUGCUGCUGCCCAAGGGCCACCCCGAAGGGUAUCCGAUGACCUUCUUUUUCAUCAUCACCCCGCACUAUCCACCGAAGGUGCAGCAGUUCUCGACCUACGAUUACUCGUACUCGUGUGGUGUGGGAUCUGGCUCGAGAUACAUCGACGAUCUGCCAUUCGGCUAUCCGUUCGAUCGUGACAUCGAUUUCAGCUACUUCUUCACCAAGAACAUGUACUACAAGGACGUUCUGAUCUACCACUCGGAUGAAUUCAAAGUGAAUUCGUCAUACUAA